CACAACGCCAGCAUUUCUUGAAACAUGGAGAAGCCAGCGGCGCUUGUGAUGGAGAUGGGCGGCAUGGUCGUGGAGGUGGCAGCCAUUUCGCACAUCGGGUCGACGACUCUCGUACAGAACCAAGACGCGCACCUGGAGCUCCCCUUGUCAGACGACUGCCUACUCGUUGGGGUGUUCGAUGGCCACAGCCCGGACCUCGGUCAGAUCGCGGCUCGAGCUGCCAAAGCGUACUUCGCGUCGGUAUUUCGUGACCCUGCUUUGCUGGACGAGGUCCUUGAGGCCCCUGAACCCACCUUGCGCCGGCUUUUUCGGGAGUGCCAUCAGCACGUUUUCACGCGGUUCAAGGCGUUUUACACAAACCAAAGUUGCACUGUUCGGGAAGAGCGAGGAGGGUACCUUACGUAUCGCACGCCUGGUCACUCGCAGCCCGUUCGUUGCGUGUAUGGAGGCACUACAGCCACAUUGGUGCUACUGCACCACCGACGACUGAUCGUGGCCAAUGUCGGCGAUUCGUUGGCUCUCCUUGCACAAACGACUAUUUCGCCCAGAGAUCUCCAAUGGCACGCAGCAUGCAGGUCGGCACCAGCUCCAGCAUCGCCCGUCGACGAUCCGACCACCAACAACCAAAGCGAUAACCAAGCCGACGAAUGGACUCCGUAUGUGUUACUCGCUGGGUUGCACGCCCCCGACUGCACCACCGAAUUCAAGCGACUGGAGCACGUUGGCCUCGGGCUGCAGUGCAUGUUUGAUCAUUCUACCGACCCCCACGACCGAGUGCCAAUUUUCAAACGUGAUCAUGUUGUCCACUCCCACGCUUUCAAUCCAGCCCACAUCAACGAGACCGGCCAAGUGCGCAAAGGGCCACCGCCCAGGGGAGGCUACGUAAAGAACGCCCGGAAUGAGUGGGCGUCCGUUGUCACGACUCCGCCGCACGCAGCGUUCCCAGACACGCUCGCGUUCACCCGGUCCCUAGGAGACUUCCACAUGCACGCCUAUGGGGUCACUUGCGAGCCAGACAUUGUCGAAGCAACUGUGGAGCCCGGGGCAACUCUACUGGUGGCGACGGAUGGCGUUUGGGACGUCUGGCAGUUCACGCAAGUCGUGUCGUUUCUCCAGACGUGCGGCGACAGUGCCACGGAAAGGAUACAACGAUUCAUGCACGAAAAUGCGUCUCGGGCAAACGACCUGUUUGGGCAACAAGCGGACAACAUGACGGCCGUCUUAUGCACCUUCCGCCAGAACCAUUAAGUCGUGAAUAUCAACGCAAGAUGCAGACUUGUCCA